CAAGCAAGAUGGCUUAGUAGGGCAUGGCAUGUGCAACUAGACCUGGCAUGGCUCUCGGUGGCCACAAACGACGGACGGGCGGACGGCCUGCCGGACAGACAGGCUUCAAGUCCAGUCCACCAAAUUGUACUUGAAUAUUGGUUCUGCAUCCUGCAGUUGCUUCAAGCCUUUCUUUACAGGGAACAGGUACUCCGCCUCCCUAUGCUAUGAUUCCCAAUAAGCAUUGGCUGUAGCUGUUGCCUCCUGCCCUGAUCCCGGACAUCGAUCGGCUGCUCGCUUGCUUGCUCUGUCCUCAGUGUUUCUUUGCUGCUUGCUCGGAGUUUGACUUGUGUGAGUCCAUCCUUGUGUGCCUGUUCUAACUCUGAUGACUCUUAAGUCCAAUCUAUCUUCCGAGUGUGGUGUGGAUUCUUUACUUGAACAUACAGCCGCACUUCCAAGAUCCUCCCCUACUUCUCUGUCUCGUUCUCACAAGUUCCACAUCUGCUAUCCCUUUUUCAUCCUAGGAAUUGACCAAGCACGCCCUUAGCUUUAUGAUACGUACGUAUCUUGCAGGGGAGGGGACGGACAAAUCACAAAUGGAGAUUAUUCCAUCAUGGCAACUCGAUUCGUUUCUUGAGGUGCUACGCAAUCCAAUCCAAUCCAACGGCCCCUUCCACAGCUACCACAAAAGAUGGAUGUGGUGAGCUUUCCGACAUCUAGCUAGCUUUGCUUGCUUGCUUGCACAAGUCCGUCCGUCCGUCCGUCAGUCAGUCAGUCAAUCCCCACUCUUCACAGUAGACUAGAGAGAAGAGAUCAGAGCUCUGAUCUUGGACUUGGCCACAGAAAUGGAGAAGAUCAAAGCUGCGGCCUAUUUGCUAUUCUUCUCCUUGCUUGUGUCUCACACACUUGGCUCAUGUGCUUCCAUCAAUCAACAAGGGAAAACUCUUUUCAGAUCUGGAGCAGAUACACCAGCUGGAUCUUCCUCAAACCGGGGACUGAGUUGCUCAGACGAAGGCAAGGCGGUGACCUUAAAAGGUAGGAGUGUCAUCCAGAGACGGCUCCUACAUCAAUGGGAUCACCAAGUUGCAGAAUCACCCAAGUCUAAUGGAAAUGGAUCUGAAAGAAGGACGAUACCCCACUGGGCCAUCCACACAUUAGCCAUCAGUGGAGCAGUUCUCUUUGUGGUUGCAUCUGCAACCGCCAUGUAUCUACUCUUUUCUCGUCGAAAGAAGGAUAAUACUGUCAUGCCUUGGUCUACUGGGCUCAGUGGACCGCUCAGGAAAGCCUUCGUGGCAGGUGUUCCUUCUCUUGGAAGGACAGAGCUUCAGACAGCAUGUGAGAACUUCAUCAAUGUGAUCGGCUCUUCAUCCGAAUGCAUAGUGUAUAAAGGAACUCUGUCAAGUGGAGUUGAAAUAGCGGUAGUCUCCACUUCAGUUGACUCUGCCAAAGAUUGGUCAGAUAGCUCUGAGGAGCAAUUUAAGAACAAGAUCUCUAUGUUGUCCAAAGUGAACCAUAAGAACUUGGUGAACCUACUUGGUUACUGCACAUGCGACGAGCCAUUCACAAGAAUGAUGGUCUUCGAGUAUGCUCCGUGUGGUUCCCUCUUUGAGCACUUGCAUAUUCGAGAAGCAGAAGAUUUGGACUGGCCUACACGGCUGCGCAUCAUCAUGGGAGUAGCAUACUGCUUGGAGCACAUGAGCCAGCUGGACCCACCUGUGAUGCCAGCAGCCCUGAGCUCCUCAUCCAUCUACCUCACCGAGGACUGCGCGGCCAAGAUCUCGGACAUGGAGUUGUGGAAAGUUGCAGCGCUAGGAGAUGAAGAGAGCAUCGUGUACAGGUUUGGCAUCCUGCUGCUGGAGGUGAUCUCCGGUCGGCUGCCCUUGUCCGAGGAUCACGGCCUGCUCGUGCUGUGGGCGUCCAGCUACCUGGACGGCAAAAGGCCGCUGAAUGGCAUGGCUGAUCCGAUGCUGAGGUCGUCCGUGCGUGACAAGGAUCUGGCGGUGCUGUGUGACGUUGUGAGGCUGUGCAUCCACUCUGACAAGGACAAGAGACCGGCCAUGGCUGAGGUUGCCAGGCUCAUGAGAGGCGCCACCGCCGUGUCGCCGGAGCAGGCGACCCCGAGAGACAACCCGCUAUGGUGGGCCGAGCUUGAGAUUGCCUCCACCACGGUGGAGUCCGGGUGAAAUUCACAACCAAACGGGCACGACAUGCAUGAUAACUAGUACUAUACUGAAUUGCCUCUUUGCUUUCGUUCUUUGUGUCAUCAAUCAGUUCCUUUUGCUGUAUACUAUGUAGUAUAACUUUAGCUGCUGAUCACGGUGAUUCUGCAAAUUUGUACAAGUGGAGAACAAGAAAUGGCAUUUGUUGUUCCAUACAUGGUUUCUCUGCAUC